ACGGGAUGGUGGACUACAUAAUUCAAUAGUCUUCAUCACGCUUAUUGACCUCUUCGAUUUCGCCACAGUGGGUCAGGUGUCCUUGAGUUGCUGUAACUUCCAUUAACCUCACAGUACCGAUUUGAAGUGAAGAAACAAUGUUUAAAGCUAUCAUAUUCCUUUUACUAGAAGAAUCAUUUUAUCAUUGUUAUCAGCUUCAGAAUGAUCACUCAGUAUCUUCUCAGACAACUACCGUCAGUGCAAUCAAUACAACGAUUUACAGCAACUUAAAUUUAUCGUAUUUAGAUGCCACGCUUGACGCGACAUCAAUGACAAAUACCGACUCGAACACAACGUUCAGUUCAGAAGAAGAUUACAAUACCACCGCGCUAGUAGAGGCAACUUCACCAAUAGAUUUUAUUCCUCGUCAGGAAGAAGAAAUAAACGAAGAAACAGCUCCAGUAUAUCUUACUCCAAUAUUUAAUUCGUUUAAUGCAACUGGCCUGAUAAAAUCAAACACGAAUGGUACUCGUAACGUACAGAACUUGAAAGGAUUUACUUUUAAAGAAAUUCAAAAGACAUCUCAGAAGGAGCACGGAAGUGAAUAUAAUAACGAAACAGCACUUUGCUCAACCUGUACACAUGAAGUCACCUUAUUUACAUCAUUAGAGUCUGAGAAUACUCCAGUUCAAUUAAAGGUUAAACCAAUUUCGCCGUACAAAAGUUCAACGUCUACUAAAAAUUUGAAAAAGCUUCAUUCAACAAUUCCGAGUGAUGCACAAUGGCCGGUUAAAAAAGAAGCCCUUGUAGAGGGAGACAUUAUAGUUGGUGGACUAAUGAUGAUUCACGAACGCGAAGAUACGGUAGUGUGUGGUCCAAUAAUGCCUCAAGGAGGUAUUCAGGCGCUCGAAACAAUGCUUUAUACUCUUGAUGUGAUUAAUAAUCCGUUAAACUCAAUAUUGCCGAACAUUACCUUAGGUGCCCAUAUAUUGGAUGACUGCGAUAAGGAUACUUAUGGCUUGGAAAUGGCUGUAGACUUCAUUAAAGGUAUAAUUUUAAAAAGUUUAUUUAAUAUACGUACGUAUUUCCAGCAACGUUGCUUUCCAUAUAAGCAAUUCACAUGAAGUUCUCUAAAACUAAAGCAAAUAAAAUCGUGAAACCCAAAAUUCACCUCAUUGCCUUGAUUAGUGGGGAAGCGCAACCCCACUUAGUUAGGGAGCUUAUGUCCAAAAGAAGAAUGUCAUCCUAAACUUCUGCCACCUCGUACAUCAGCUUUUUAAGUAAUUUAAAGCGUUUUUCUUAUAUGAUAUACAGGUGGAAUUUGGAACAAUUUCGAGAUAGGGGGAGGGAUCGAAACAGUAACCCCUUAGUUUUGAAGCUAUAAUUUACUUAAAAUAACACCCCAUAUUCCGAGAAAUGUAGUGGCAGUACGUUUGGUCGAGCCAUAUUCUAUUUUGUUAGAUCCGGUUAGUGUUGCCUUUUUUUAUUCACUCAGGAGAUUUUUCCCUCCCCCUCCUCUUAUCCCGAAAUUGGCACAGAUUUCGUCUACAUAUCAAAUAAGAAUAAUGAUCUAACAAACCAUGUGGUUGAAGGUUGGGACGACAUGUUUUUUUUUGCGCGUCAGUCCCUAACUAUACGGGCAGAAUUGUUCAAUGUCUUUGUAAUAUCAAAUACAUAUAUGGAAUGGUUCCUAGCGUACGCACAUUUAUAGUGAAUCGUGACGCUGUAACUAUUUAUGAUCCUACAGCACUGGGUUUGUGAUGUAUCUCCUUUCAUAAGACGAAAUUGUAGAACUGCAUGAAUAUUAAGACGUCUAAUUAAAGAAUCGAACUAACAAUGCACCUACUUUCAGUAUUCUAGCAUCUUCACUUAAAGUUUGUAGCUUAAUAAUUUACAACAUUUAUUAAUG